CCAGGAAGCUCGACCGCGACCUGUUCUGUGUUUAGGGAAGUGAAUCUGCGCCUCUGUGUGACUGCGCUCCAUCCGCAACUAAGUUCUGAUUUUUAUUCAAAAAUCCUCUAAUCUGAGUCAAUUUCUUCUUUAACUAAUGCAGUCGCUCAGUAAAAGCGGAUGAUUUUUGAAUGAAUGGACCAGAGAGACUGUUAUCCUCGAUAAGAGCAGCUCUCGGUUAUUAUUUGCACUUUAACCUCUAAUACAGCAUUCAGCUGACAUGUGGGAAUGGCAGAUUUUGUGUCUCAUAGGCUUCAUCUCUCUAGUUCUUUUUCUCGUAGCUGUAUGUUAUAUUUUGUACUCUGGACUGACCACUGAAAUCCACAUCAGGACUGGUUUACCCCCGGUCAGGAACAUCACAAUAGCCUAUAAAUACAAAGUGGGACCUUAUAAAGACUGUGGGUCGCUGUUCAGAGAGAGCUGCAGCAUUGGACCCAAGCAGCCAUGCAUUGGGAUCUUUUAUGAUGAUCCAAAGAAGGUUCCAGCACAGAAGUGUCGCUAUGCGGUGGGCAGUAUUUUGAGUGAAGGCGAGGAUGCACCCAAUGAGGAACAGCAGCAGCUGUAUGAGAAGCACGGCUUCCGGGUUUUCUCUUUCCCAGAGGUCACACAUGUCGUCACAGCCUCCUUCCCUCACCGAACCUCUCUCUCCAUUUUCCUGGGGGUGCAGAGAGUUUAUCCACAGCUGAACUGCUACAUCAAGGAAAGGAAGUUGUGCGCACAUCCAUUUCUAGAGAUAUACAAAGGGGAAAUUAUCCACUAUAUGGGUCCGCUGGCUCGGCAGGGUGAUUUCUAUGUUCCUGAAGUUAGAGAGGCCCAAAGAUGGUUAUUGGGAAAAGAGUCUGAAGAGGACGGGAGGACAGACAUCACAGGUGCUGACUCCCACAGCGAGUGCAGUUCUGUGAGCCGCCUGCCCCCCUCGGAAAGCCGAGACACCUCACCUGCCCCGUCCAACACACGGACGCACUCACAUGGAGACAGAGACCGAUGCUGGGACUUCGACCAUGUGGAGAGAAGCGACACCUCCAGCGUUUCUUCCUUCGAGGAGCUGGACCUCGACUCAGACAGGAUGGACAGGUGUGACCACACCCCUCCACCAAUCACAGGAAGCGGCAAAAACAACCUGGAGGGCCAAGAAAGAGAGAUGAUGGUCGAGGAAGAGUGAGAGAGCAGAAUUGUGGGAAAUGUGAAGGAGGUGAAUAUAGUUUUUAGUUGGUUUUAAAGAGAUAGUUCACCAAAAGAAACUGAUAUUGUCAUUGUUUUUGUUGUGUGGAAAACCAAAUGGCUUUUUGCACAAUCAUUACGUACUUUUGCCAACUUUCAAACUCAGAAAAAUGUAUCAUAAAAGUUGUCCAAUGUGACUUGUUUGUUCUAUUCCAUGAAGUUUUAUUUUAGUAUUAUUUGUAUACUAUUAAUAAUACAAAAUUAGCUCCUUUUUUUAAUUUAAAAUUUUAUUUUUAGAUUAAAUUUUUAUUUGAGUAUUUUUAGUAUUUAGGUUUUUUAUUUUUAUUUACCUUUUUUCUGUUUUUUUUUUUUUCUUUUCUAGUUCUAGUUUAAUGAUUUUUUAUAGUUUCAGUUAAUAAAACAACACUGAUUUAAGUCUUCUGAAGCUAUAUGAGACAUUUGUGUGAGGAAAAGACCAAAAUUUUGCCCUCUUCAGAAGUUCAUGGUACAUUCUAACAAAUAUUUGGUUACUACAUACACAACAAUAAAAGUUAUUUGUUUAGGGAAAAGCCGAGCAGUUUCAGAUUUGAGUAAAUUCUUGAUUAUCAAUGAAUAAACACUUUAUUUUGACUCUGUUUCUCACAUAAAACUAUGGUAUGGCUUCCUUGGAAUAGACUUGGAAUAUAAUGCAUAUGUUGUAUGAACCAUUUUUACUGUGAUGAUUUUUAUUUAUUUUUUUUAUUUUAUUAACAGUUCAGAAAUUCCCAAUUUUGUCAUCUACAGGGAAAAAAAAAAUUAGGGUAAAGAAAUAAUGACAAUUUUAAUUUUGGGGUGAACUAUCCCUUUAAGUAUUAUGGUGGAUUUGUGUGUAAAACAUAUUUUUUUCUUUUUUUUCUAUUGAUAAAUGGAAAAGAAUGUUGUUUAGUCAGGAUUGUUUUCCAUUCCAAAGGGAAUCGCAGGUACAGAAUUUUGUCUGUAUACAAACAAUUUAACCAGGUAACCUGAAUUUCUUGAAAACAUCUUCAUAUUUUAUUUAGUGCAUCCUCAGUAGUAUUUCAUUAGCGAAUCUGUUGUUUGUUUGUUAUUGAUCGUUAGUUCCUAAUCACUUAAACUGACAUUGAUGUUAGUGAUUAUUCAUGUGAAUCUAUGUAAUGUUCAGCUUUCAAUUAUUUGUCUAAUUUGUUAUUCUCCAUCCACACAUUCUGUCUUCAUCCUUCAGUAAUUGCUAAUUCACGCCCAAAGAAACUCCCAAAACUGAAGAGUUAUGUGACUUGAAUAUUCAUUCAUCAAAAGCCAUAUGUUCAUAGACAAACCAAAUUUGCACAAAAAACUGACAGAUAAGAUUUCCUCAGGAGGGAGAUGAUUGCAGCACAUUUCCAACACUUAUUUGUUGUUUGCAAUUAAAGGUGUUUGGAGCACAUAAUUAUCUGAUUAUAUUUUAUCAUAUAAAUGGUAUUGCGUAUACUUCAUUUCCCUUUAAUAAUAUAACUGACACUUAGUCAGUGUGGUGUAUUACUAUUUUAUAUAUAUAUAUAUAUAUAUAUAUAUAUACACAGUGGUAUUUCUAUAUGUUGAAUGUUGUUACUCACUAUAGACUUUUUAAAUUUUUUUUGUAAAAAAAUUAAAAUAAAAUACAGGGCCAGCUAUGGGCCUCUGUUGAUGUCAUGAAUGUUUGAAAAUGUUUCCAUUUUGAUCCAGGUUGUGCAAGUUCACAUGCAUUUCAGGACGUACUUGAUAUUGUUCGUUUAGAUAAAGUUCAUAAUAUUUCAUAUCGAUGUCUGAUUUAAAUUUUUGUAUUAAUUAUUUGUUCUGCUAGUUGUUGAGCAACUUAAUAAAGAGUUUUA